AUGCAAACGCCAUCCCCUCGGCUCCUCCGCGCUCUGCGCACUUCGCUUUUGAGCUCACCGGACCCUCGCCCUCUACGCAGCGCCACCCGCUUCCCUCGCGCCCUGACAUCCCUCGACAUCCCAUCUACACAACGCAGCUACAGCUCCCCAAUCCGCCCAACUCGCAUGAUUCCCCGCUCGCACGCGCACAAGCCCGCCAGUCACGACCGCGGCCCCGAGUCUAAGGAAGAUACCCAGACGGACUUCGCCGCGCUGAACGUCCUCGGCAACACCCCCAUCCCCAGCACUGCCAUCGACGCCUGCCUCGACUCCGGCUUCCACCUGAAUAGCGGCGUGAAAAUCACCGGUGGCGAUGCGCUGCUGCUCGUGGGUGGAGAAGCGUUCUCGUGGCGGCCAUGGAAGACCUUCGAGGGCGCGGAGAAUGACCGUGCGGCCAAGGCGUCUAUGAUCAACGCCAAGGGCCAGUUCGAGCUGGACGAGCAGGCGUGGGGAUUGCUGAGCGUGGUGUGGCCGCGUCCCGAUAUGCUCAUUCUCGGCCUGGGUAGCGGCAUGCAUCCCCUCUCGCCGGAGACGAAACGUCACAUCAACUCGCUAGGCAUCCGUGUAGAUAUUCAGGAUACCCGGAAUGCGGCGGCGCAGUUCAACCUGCUUGCGACGGAGCGCGGAGUCUCCGAGAUCGCGGCGGCGCUGAUCCCCAUCGGGUGGAAGGGACGGUCAUGA